CAGCAUCCCAUGCCUGAGGGGUCACGGCGCGGCAGCCCCGAGAGAUCGCCUAGCAACACAGCCACCAAGCGUCCCUCCUCAGUCUCGUCUCUGAGUGGGAUUGUGGGUAGGAUGAUGUCGUCCGGUGAGCGAGGAGCCUCGUCCUCCUGCACCUCCGUCAACACCGUCUGCUCAGACGGCGAGCGCCCCGCCUCCCUCUCCCUCUCCUCCUCUGCGUCCUCCGUCUCCCUGCAGGACACUUCCCACUCCUCCUCUUCCUCCUCCUCCUCUUCCUCUCUGCCCUACGGCGCCGUGCCGACGUACAACGCCUCUCUGUCGGCGUCCUCCACGCCAAAGAGGAACGGCUCAGACAUCAGCCUGGACCUCACGCCCCUCGUCACACCACACGGAGGAGGAGGAGGAGUUCCUGGAGGAGGAAGAGGAGUUUGUGUUGCGAGGGCGACAGAUGGAGGUCACCCCCCGAAUGGACAUGUAGCCAAUGCAGCGGCAGCGGCGGCAGUGGCCACGCCCAGAAGACAGCUUUCACGAAUGGAGCGAGUCGUGAUGGAGAUCGUAGAGACGGAACAGGCCUACGUCAGAGAUCUGAAGAGCAUCGUGGAGACGCAGCAUCCGGCGUCGCCUCACCUACCAGAACGUACACCGUCUCCAACCUGUGAACAGGAAACCACCUGUGCUGUCAGGGACGCCCGGCUCAGGCUGGCAUCACACAGGAAGUCAAACAGGAAACAACAGAAUAAAAACAGGAAGUCGAUGAGGAGCACAGAAAGUCACACUCUGUUUUGCAACAUCGAGGACAUCUACGAGUUCAACAGUGACCUCCUGGAGGAUUUAGAGAGGAGUCCUCACGCUGCAGCCAUCGCCGAGUGCUUCGUAGAGAGGAUGCGUCUUAGGGUUGAGACGCCUCGCUCAGAUCGAUUUCCAGGUCAGAAAGACAGAAAGAGCUUCAGUCCUGCAGAAAGAGAGAAGCUGGCGGUUGCAGCAGAAAGUCCAGUUCAUUCGGUGGCGGUACUGAGGGAAUGUAUGAAGAACAAAAGUCUGGUUUGUUUCUUCCAGGAGAGACAGACGACUCUGAACCAUUCGUUACCUCUGGAGACGUACCUGCUCAAACCGGUGCAGAGGAUCCUCAAAUACCACCUGUUACUACAGGAACUUUCGAAGCACUUUGACAAGAACGACCCCGGAUAUGAGGUCGUUGAGGACGCCAUCAUCACCAUGACGGCGGUCGCCUGGUACAUCAACGACAUGAAAAGGAAACAGGAACACGCAGUGCGACUGCAGGAAAUUGAGUCCCUGCUGGUGAACUGGAGUGGGCCAGACCUCAGUGGGUUCGGUGAGCUGGUUCUGGAGGGUUCGUUCAAGGUCCACAGGGUGAAGAAGGAGAGAGCCUUCUUCCUGUUCGAUAAGAUGCUGCUGAUCGCCAAAAAGAGGCUGGAGCAGUUUGUCUACAGCACACACAUAUUCUGUUGUAAUCUGCUGCUGGUCGAGACUCUGAAGGAUCCUCUGUGUUUCAAAGUGUCAGAUCAGACGAUUCCCAAACAGCAGCACACCGUCCAGACAAAGAACCAGGAGGAGAAGAGACUGUGGGUGCACUACCUCAAGAGACUGAUCGUAGAAAACCAUCCUGCUUCUCUACCACAGAAGGCGAGGCAGGUCCUGGGAGACAACUUCUGUCAAUCUCCUCAGUUCGACCAGGACAACCUGAAGAAGUCCUCUUCGCGAUUGGAUGACAUCCACGGCUAUCACAGAGGCAGACGUCAAUCAGGUCAGGAGCCUCCAGAGCUGCUGAUGUACACACCUGAGAAGUCCAGGAAGGGUUUGCCGCUGCUGCUGGAGGGAAACCUGCCGUACAGACGCACCAGGAGACAGUCAGCUCCAGCUAAAGACAUCGAAGCAGCGUUCCACCCCAACGCUCUGAAGCAGGCCGGCAGCGAGGGCGAGCUCUGCCAGGCCGACAGUCUGGGCUCCGCGGGCAGCAGCAGCACGCUCGCAUCCUCCGUCAUCGAGGUGGAGGCCGAGAGAUCCGAACUGGGCCUGACGCCACAGCUGCGACCAAGCCAAGAGGAAGAGGAGGAAGAGGAAGAGGAGGAGUUGACCGCCCUCAGCCCUCCUCCCACGCUGUCCAUCACAGAAGAGAUCCUUGAGUUCAUCAACCAGAGCAGAGCCAGAGAGGGACUCACCGCCAUCCACACUGACACAACGGAGCAGGUCAUGGAUCAGCCCAGAGAGAGUCAGCCUCCAUCUAACCAGGACAACUUCACCUGUCCACUGCCCCCAGUCGCCUACCCCUCCAGCCCAGAGCAAAGACCCACAAUGCAACAGGAGCAGGAAAGAGCAGAGAUGGAGAACGACAGCAUCAUUCAAAGUCAGACCGCUGACUCUGGAGAGGAAAAUGGACUUGAAGGUGAAUUUAAAGAAAUUUCAGAUGCAACAAGUCAAGUGGAAAAGGGUGUGGAGGUAGAUGAAGAGACCCAAGGAGAUGUCGUAGAAAAAGAGAAAGCUGAGAAGAAACCAAGAGAUGAAGAAGAGGGAGAGAGCAUCAUCAAUGCCCCAAUAUCAGAUCUUCAUCCCUCCAUCUCAGCAGAGGAAGGAAGAGAGAACAGCAGUAGUUGUCAUAGGGAAGAGGUGAACACUGAGGCCACCACUUCCUCCCUAAAUCCUGAUUCCCUUCAUCCCAUUAAGAAACGCCAGCCACCCACGAGAGGCUCUCACCUCACCAAACGUGACAAGAAGAUCAUCGAAAAGAUCAGGAGUUAUUAUGAGGCGGCAGCCGAGGCCGAAGAGGACGAGGCAACGGAGGAAGAUGAACAGGGAGAAGGAGCCGCAUUAACAAGGAGAAACAGUUUCUCACAAAUCCCAUCUGGCUUGGUGAAGGAUUCUGUAUCACGCUUCGAUGUGGGCGGACAGCCGGGGGAGCCAGAGAGCGGUCGUCCUAAGUAUGAAACAACUGAUAGAGAGACUGAUCAAGAGACAGAGCCCCAUUCCCCCACUAGUCCAAUCUGUCCCCCAACCCCACUCCUAGAAAAUGCAGAGAGUGAAGGACAGCCAGAUAAACCAAUCAGCUCCUUGGAUUCUGAUGCAGAGGGCUCAAGCAUGUCACCAAUCUCUACCGUCAUGCAGGACAAGGAGACCCCAAACCAAGUGGGUCUGAAUCUGCAGUCGAACUCAAACAGGCCUGUUGGAGAAGAGGUUGAGAUACAGGAUGAACAUGGAAAGGUCUGCAAAGGACCACUGGAGGAAAGACUGGAGGAAAAGCAGGAGCAGGAGGCAAGUGUUGUGUCUACUGGGCAGCAAGAAGAGGGAGCAUCUAUUACCAAACAGUACAAGUGCAGCAAUGAAACGACCAAAACCAGUGCUGGAAACCAAGCUGCUAUGAAUGGGCAUGAAGCUAACCAAGCAGGUCUAGCUGAACCAAAUGGAAGUCACAAAGAACCCUCUACACCUCUGCCACCAAAAGAACAAUGUCAGACCAAAACCUCUUGGGCUAGAACCAAACACAGAGACCUGGGUAAGACCAGUGCGAAUCUUGAGGGUUUUCCCAGUCAGAUAAAAGUGGGUCGGUGGUCCCAUCACUCCAGAAUUGUCUCUGCAAACCGGGCAUUGUUUGAGGGAAUGGGAUCAGACGUAGCCGGUAUCGGGUUUUUUGAGGCCAGCCCUGUGGUGGACCCCAUGCUGAUGGAAAACUCAGAGCGUAUUCUGAGUAAGGUCCAAACAUUGGCCCAGAUGUACAGUGCCAAAGCCAGCACCAUGAAGGUCCCACUGCAUCAGAAGAGGGCCAGCACCGUACGGAACCCAUCAUGGAGUUCAGGUAGACUGUCGGGACAUUCAAAUCACGCCCAAACUAAAAGUCAAGUUCAACCUCGGACCCAAACUGAGUCCCGAGAGCAAACAGAAUUGAAGAACAAUCAACACACAGAGACCAAAGUUCAGAACCAAACCGUAACACAGACCAAGCAGCUAUCACAGUCCCAAACUAAAACCCAGACGUGCAGUCAGGAAAAGACACAUUACCAAAUCCAGAACCAGACCAAAACUUACACCCAGUACCAGACCCAAACCAUGAGCCGGGAGGACCAAAGGAUCCAGGAGGAGAGGAUAAUAAAGAGAGCAGAGAGUCUGACAAAUGAUUUCCAGGAGGCAGUGGCAGCACCCUGUGAGCCUCUACUGUUUGGUCACAUGUUUGUCAAAGAGCAACUGACUCCAGCCUGUCAGCACCAGACAAAUGGAUUCACCCUCUCCAGACCCAGGGACUUCAUCACAGCCUUGACCAAAGAAAAAGACCCCAGUGGGGAAAAUCCAUCAUCCAGUCAGGCCCAAGCUAAUAGCUCCAACUUCGGGUACCCCUCUGCUGCCUCGUCCUCGGCUUCUAUGGCUUCCAUGACCUCGGAUUGCAGAGUCACUGAGGUCAAGGACUACCGCUCUACGUCAUCCACAGGGAGAGAUAAAGCCUUGAACCAAAACAGGGAACUUUAUUCAGAUUCUGAAGAGACAGAGAAAAGAGAGGGGUCGGAACUGUGUGGUGGAGAUUCAUUUUAUGCAGUUAGGGAAGACUCAACAUCUGUAAACAUCAUUACCCAGCCAGCACACUCUGAGUCUAAUCUGUUUGCUCACAGCAUACCACAGUGGGAGAUUUCCAAAGAUGGAGAUGAGCAUGAUAAAUAUAAGCAGGAUAUACCAGCUGCACACGAUAUACAGGAUAAAGUUGUAUCAGAAUACAACAUUUCCACAGGACAUACUGACAAGAAAGACACGUUAAUCAAAGAUGUUCAGAGUGUUCAUGCAGGGACUGAAUACUUGGUUUGCACAGGACCCAUGGAUGGAGCGGCAACCCCAGGAGAGCUGGUAUUGAUGGUAGCAGCUAUACAGAGCCAGGCUCCAACAGAGUCCCACAGAUCUGCAAUGCCUCACCCAGGACUGGCUGGAGAGCAGGUCCAUGAGGAAACACUUUACGUGGUGGACGGAGGUGCCACAACUUCUGGAAAGAAAGAUGAGCCCCCAAACGAGCAGACGAAACUAAAUGAAACAAAGAAUGAUUUGAAUUACUCUUCAUCACAACCCAGGAUGAUUCUACAAGGUUCAGCAGUAAUCUUUUCAGGAGACCCAGCUUGUUACAAAUCCCCAGGAGAACUUGUAGUUCCACCAACCCUGAAUCAGCCUUCACACAUGACCUUUGACCCCUCGCAGGUUUCUAGUCAUACAGUCACAGAAACCCCAGAGGAUCAAAAAGCAAGAGGACGGGCAGCUCCAACUCCCUGGUCAUCAGCUCAAAACUCAAAUCUUACCCAACCUCGCCCUCCAUCGGUGCAGUCUGUAGACUGUCUACCAACAUUCACCAGCCAGAGGCCGCCAGACCUACCCACUACAAUGGGAAAAUGGGCUCUGUCUAACACCAGGAAUACCAAUAACACCUCUCCAUGUGAACAUAGGGAACCAGAUGAGCAGGGAUCCCCCACCAGCCUGCCCGUUUCAGGCAGUUGCCCAUCUUCCAGUCCCUCCUUGGAGACAUCCAGCCUGGUGGAGAGACCUAACCCAGCCAGUGCCAUCCAUGGCCAGGACAUAAGCCUCACCACCGCUCCCUCAGCCUUCAGACCCACCCUCAGACACCAUGCCCCUUCUCCUGUUCAAGCUUCUCCUUCCUCUUCCUCCUCCUCUGUUCAAACACCUCCUUGUUCCUCACCAUUCAGGAUUGUUCCUGGAUCUUCUCCCACCCCUGUCUCAGCUGAAGAUACCUCCCUGAACCCUGUCUCCAGGGCUCUUCCCUGUUUAUCUCCUACUCCCUCCUCUGGGAAGGGUUCCUCAAUGCAAGCUCCCCCUGCUUCCUCUCCUACAUCCUCCUCUGCUUUUACUCCCUCUUCCUCUUCUUCUGGGAGAUCUUCAUCCAUAAGAGCAGGUCCUCCUUCGUCCCCUACACCGUCUUCUUCUCUCCGCUCUCCUCCAUGCUCUUCCCCCAUUGCUUCUUCCUCUGCGUUUACCAGAUCCUUCGCCGCCUCCUGUAUCAGCCAGUCCAUCAGUCAAAGUAUUGCAAGAAAGAGCACUGCCCUGCAACAAGCCCCACCCACAAACACAGUACCCCAAAGCCCCUCUUCUCAUCUACGACGGCGCUCCCCUUCACCUAAACUCCCUCCUAGUAGUCAGCAGGGCUCCAGCACACCUGCAUAUUCCCAACUGGGGUGCACUAAAGAUGGGUACCAACAUCCAAGGUGUCCGCCAUCUUCUCUCUGGUCCUCUUGCCCUUCUGCGUCUCUCAUGUCACCUCCCACUUUUUUCCAAAGCUCUCCUUCCCCAUCUUUGAGUCUGGCCCAUCAGCCUCCCCACUCUCCUUCCCCUUCCCCUCGUCACUCAUUCCUUCACUCCAAAACAGACUCAUCACACAAUGCAAACAACAAUAACAACGUUAGCUUAGCUGGUAGCUGUAGCAUUAACCGUGCCGUCAGUAAUGGGGGUUGGACAGUAAGUCCCCAGAGGGCGCCAUUAGCGAACGGUAGCAGUAACGCCAUAGUAAUGCAACAGACCCAUGAUACUUUCUGGUCGGGGUCACACAACCGCGUAGCUCGGCCUUUUUCGGCUUCAGAACCUAGCUCACGAGUCCAGUCCCCAUCUCCCUCUCCAAUCCCUGCCUCAUUUACUCGCCUGACCUCCCCACCUCCUCAACAUAACUACUCCUCCCCCAUGGCAAACAAACCUCCCAACCCCCGGAGCACACGGGUAGGAUGUGCAAGUUCCCAUAACCCACUAGGCCUCACUUUGGAGCUACCCAGGGCCUCUUCAGCAGGUUCAGCAUUUGGGCAGUCUUCCACAUGUCUAAGCCCUCGGAUCCUCUCCCCGCCUCCUAUUGGUGUAUCAGUAAAUGUUUGGACAAAUAAUGUUGCAGCACCUCAACCUAGAAACCCUAGAUACACUUUGUGCUCUCCCUCUCCGUCGUUUUCGUCCUCAUUAGGCUCACCAACACUGGAGAAUGCCUCUUUCCCCACUGCCUCUUCUUCUUUGAUCCCUCUGCGUAGUUCCAGAGCCUCCUCCCCUUCUACCCCCUGUCCUCCUGCAUCCCAAACAACCUCUCAAACCCUCCGUAGGUCUUUCUCCUCCAACCUAGCAGACAGACCCCCUAGCCCGGCCCGGAGCAACUCUAGUGGAGCACGCCGCUCAUGGGCAGACAGCAGUCGCAGGUCCCUUGGUUUUAGUGGUAGUGGCCGAGGGUCCUUUGACCAGCAGGAGUCCUGUCCAACCAGUCCAAGGAGCGGAUGGUCCUCAUUCAGCAGCUCACCGUCCUGCCUCAGCCCUCGAGCCGGGCUUCAGUCCCCACUCUCACCUAGCAGGCUUACCCCAGGGAAGGGCACCCAUGGGGGGCAGCAUUUCACCAGUGUGCCCUGGCCAGAUGUACGAGAGCUUUCAAACAAAUAUAAUGGAACUGAUGGCCUUGAUACAAGUGCUACUUCCACCAUCAUUGCCUCGUCACCUUGUCCAACAGACAGCCAGACAGAAUGGGGAGACCCAGAGCUAGAAGAGGGCAGUUGUCGUAGUCAACUUAUCUGUGCCUAUGUUGCCCGGCCCUCCCGUGAACAAAACCUCACCACCUCAUGUGUGGUUCUCCCUUCCUCAGGCAUGAUCUCGCCUCCACUUGCCCCAUACCAGCACCACAAUUACCAAUCCCAAGUAAAAGCACAGUCUCAGGUCCAAAUCGCUGCCACAACACCUCCCAUACCCUCAGUCCCUUCCCCCUUGCCUGCAACCUCAUUGCCACUACCCUUUGCCCAGUCAUCUCCUACCAAACAGGGGAACCAGAAGACCAGUUAUGCUACUACGGUCAACCUCCAGAUAGCUGGAAGCGGCAGAAUAACUUCCUUCAGCACAGCCCAAGUUAGCCUGACCCAAACCCUGCAGGGUGGAGCCGGAGCCGGAGCUGGAGGACCAGGACAGGGGCAGUUGACGAGAAGAGUAAGCAUCAACGGACUGUCGCACCUUCCUUCCCCUCUUCCUCAGAACUAUAACAGACUAUGAGAGAAAGUGAGAAGUCUUCCUUUUAUGGCUUUACAAGACAAGAAGGGGCCACGCAGAAAUGGUGACGGAAAGAGAAGAGGUAUUAGAAAAGAUGUGCACUUGUGAAUUUGCCCCAAACACAAAGUGUACAUCGGAUGGUGGAUCUGGUUUCUAUUCAGUGGACCAGAAACUCCAGAGAUAUUGCCUGGCUUGUCGUGAACCAUGAACCCCUCGAGUCCCCCAUGUAGAAAAGGAUCUUUCUCAAAUCGUUCUUCAACUUGGGAAUAAGGUCACAUCUGAGGGACAUAAUGAAUGUUGUCAAGCCUACUCGACACUGAUUUUAGGAAACUCCCCUCAGUGGGAUGGGAUGCGUUUGGGGUCCGAUGUAAUGCGGACUAUAAAUUGAAUCUUGGUGGCUUCUGGAAAAGCUUCAUACCAAAGCAUUAAACAGACAACCUUUCAAGAAUGAGAAUUCUACCUGCACAUGGGCUCGUAUUUUUCAGUCUGGGCUAAUAACUUUGAACGGAUGCGAAUUCAUCCUUAUAUUGUAAAAAAUAAAUAAAAAAUAAAGGUUAAAAAUGGAAAUGAGCUGUGAUCUUGCUGGAUAAGCACCCAAAACCCUGAAUGUCCACAGCUAGAUGAUCCGAUUACACUCCUGGUCUCACAAUUGAUCCUGUUUGAAGUUACUCAGUUCACUUUCUGAACUCUGAACUCUUUCUAUGGAUGUGAUGACUUCUUGGAGGAGCUUUUUUUAGACACUUUUGUAAAAUUCAAUCUGUAACUUUAAGCAUUGUUCCAUUUUUGUUAAUUUGGUGGACAUGUUGAAGGUCCAGUAUCCAACCAGUGCUGUAUGCAAUCACAGUUACUUAAUGUAUUAUUAUUUUUGUUACUAUUUUGUUAAGUUUGUUUGUUGUUUCUCUAUUUUUUUUUAAAUAUUCUGUUGAACAAGCAUCAGUGUCUGGCCAUGUGAGGCCAGUGUUUAAGGUUGGUGAUAACUGUGGUUUUUAAUAAUCUUCUUUUUUAACCAUUUUAUUAUUCGUUUUAUUUUAUUGUUUAUUUAUGAAGUUAGUCUUAUUCUCUUUGGCACUUAUUAUCCUUAAAGUAAUGUCGGUAUUUUGCACAGCGUCCUCAGCUCUUGGGUGCAUGCAUCAAGUGUGAGUGUAUUUGGGUGUGUGAGUGUCUGAUAUGACGUGUCUGGGAGGUUCUCCUUGAACUUCAGACCAAACCAAUAUCUGUGUGUUUUUAGUGCUAUGUUUGUAUUGAUGUACUCAGUUGGUUCUUUGACUUUAGACUCCUUCCUGUUGUCAGUGUCCUUCAGAAACCUUGUAUCUUGGGUUUUCAAAAGUUGUAACAGAAAGUCGACCGGUUGGAAAAUUCUGCGGGAUAUUUGCAUACGAUGAAAGGUUUUAACUUCGUAGUAGUUUUGGCAAUACACAUGUGACGUAUCGACUCUUUCAUAUGUUAACAGUUGAUGAUAACCCUAAUGCUUAAGGCUUAUAGUGUUAAUAAAAAACCAGCAGGUCAGUUUACAUUGAAUUUUUAUUCUGGUUUAAUGUCCCUUCACAUUCAAACAAUGACUUGCUGAUUAUACACCAGAUUCUGUCAAAGUAUUUGAAAAAAAAAAUGAGUUUAAAGAUGGGAUUAGUGUUUUUAAAAUCCAAUUUCAUGUUAUCUCCCAGUUUUUAAAUGCAAUUAAACACUUUCCUUUAACAGUAACAAAAAUGCUGUUAAACUUGAGGUUGUAGUGUCACAAACCAUUUGGAGGUCAAAUAUAAAAAAUAAAUUAAAGAGACUUGUGGUAUCUGCAGGGCGCUGGUGACAAACUGGAGAUAACAUAAUGUUUUUGGGAGCUGGUAAAAAGGGCAAUAUUAAAUCUUCAUCCAGUAACCCUCAUAGAAUCAUUGAGAUGUACGGAAAAUAAAGGUAUGUGGUGCAAAAUCAAA